CUAAAAUGGCGGGUGAGAACGACAAUGCGGAAGGGCUAGAGUUUGUAACUCAGCGCUCUGUGUCAAGUUUUAAUCUUUCAAGACUAAGAGAACGUGUAAAAGAAUAUAUUGAUAAACAUGAUUAUGAAUCAGCUUUGUUUUGGUCGGACAAGCUUGUCACACUUUCCAAUGGCAAUGUGGAUGAUGUGUACUGGUAUGCCCAGUGUCUCUAUCUCAUCGGCCAAUACCACAGGGCUGCACACUGCAUCCUUAGAAAAAAACUUCAUAAGAAUCACUUGUGUUGCAGAUAUCUUGCCGCAAAAUGUCAUUACGCAUGUAAGGAGUACCAGGAGGCCUUGAACAUUCUCGACUUUGCUGAGAGCACUGGGCUGCCACUGAACCGACGGAUGUCCUUUGCCAAUCAGAGUGUACAUGAACCGGAAAUACUGCCCAGCUCGGGUAAAAAUAUGCAGAGUUCCAUCAAUAUGUUACGGGGUGAGAUAUACGAAGCCAUGGACAACAGGGCGUUGGCCCAAGAAUGUUAUUGGGAGGCCUUACGACAGGAUGUCUACUGUUACGAUGCCUUCAAUCUCCUGGUGAACCAUCAGAUGCUGUCUGCACAGGAAGAGAAGGAGUUGUUGGCCUCGUUACCAUUCAGUACCCAGUGUCCCAGUGAGGAGGUGGAGCUAGUCAAAUACCUGUAUGAAAACAAACUGAAAAAGUAUGACAAGCCGAUGGAGGCUCGCAUUCCCGACAGCCUUGAAGUUCUCAGCGAGAAUCUUGAUGUGAUCGUCAACCUGGCAGAGAGACAUUACUACAACUGUGACUUCCGGGAGUGCUAUAAACUCACGACCAAGAUAUUAAAUGAAGACCCCUACAACAGUACAUGCCUGCCCAUACAUAUAGCUGUGCUCGUCGAACUCAAGAAAACCAACAGUCUGUUUUAUUUAGCCCAUAAACUAGUUGAUCUCUACCCUAAUAAACCUGUUUCCUGGUUCGCGGUGGGAUGUUACUACUUGUUGAUUGAUAAUAAAGACCCAGCACGAAGAUACCUCAGUAAGGCUACAGCGUUACAGCGGACCUAUGGACCUGCAUGGUUGGCUUUCGGUCAUUCCUUCGCUACAGGAAACGAACACGAUCAGGCAAUGGCUGCUUACUUUACGGCCGCACAGCUCAUGAAAGGGUGUCACCUGCCAGCCUUGUAUAUCGGCCUUGAGUAUGGCUUGACAAACAACCCCAAAUUGGCUGAGAAGUUCUUCAAACAGGCUCUGAACAUUGCGGAGGGCGACCCGUUUGUGCUUCAUGAGAUGGGCGUGAUAGCUUACCAGAAUGAAGACUGGGGUACUGCCGAGGGCUAUUUCAAAGACGCUCUGGCAAGGCUGCAGGCAGUUGAACAGCAGCCAAACAUCACAGAGAAAUGGGAACCCUUGUUGAACAACCUUGGACACACAAGUCGCAAACUCAAGAAAUACAAUGAAGCGUUGGAAUAUCAUGCGCAGGCCCGAAUCCUCGAUCCUCAGAAUCCUUCAACCUACUCAAGCAUCGGUUAUGUGUACGCAUUACAAGGGGAUAACUUCCAGGCUGUAGACUACUUUCAUAAGGCGCUGUCUAUACGGCGUGACGAUGCAUUUUCCACCACUAUGUUGUCCAACCUGGUCGAGUCACUCAUGCAGGACCUAUCUCCAGGGGAAGACCUUGAGGACAGUCCUGUGUUUUCGACGUUUAAGUAUAGCCUUGAUGGGGUGGGGCUGGACUCCUCCCAGGACAGUAUCAUCAUGCCCCCGGUUAUGAGACUCACCUCCCAGCUAGAUGAUUCAUCCGUUAACGAGUCGUCCGAGCUCGAGAGCAGCAAUCUCAUGAUUGAGGAGGUUGAAAUGGGGGAUUGUGAUUGAAAUGUGAAAUAGUUUUUGUGGUGGAUAUUAGUGAAUGAAUUAUUUAAAUGAUUAAAAUAAGGGAAGUUUGUGACCCAGAACAGUUUUUAGAUCACCUGCAGUCAUCUGUAUAAAACUAUAUCAUUGGUUUGGUUCAAGUUGGCCAAAAUGUUUUUUGAUUGGUCUAUAUUUAAUCAAAUAUUUCUGUUGACCAAUCAAUGAGCUCUUAUUUAUUAUUAUCAUCGACAACAAUUUGUUUGUCAACAUUGUUGGAGUCACAUUUCAGGCCUGAUAUUAAAGAAAACUUGUUAGAAA